UUUAGAAAACAUACGUGGGUAGAUUGGGAAACUUUCAAGCAAGCUUUCUUGACCCGAUUUGACACAGUUAGUGAAGAUGCCGCCUGGUUUCAAGGUGGCGCUCGAGAAGUGUCAGUUUUUCCUCACCACCAUUUCUUUCCUGGGGCACGUGGUGACAGACAAGGGACUCCAACCGGAGUCGCUGAAAGUGGCAGCUGUCAGGGACGCACCAGUGCCUACCACUAUCACGCAAGUUCGCGCCUUUCUGGGCCUAGCCUCGUAUUACCGAAGAUUUAUCAAGGGCUUCGCGGCAAUUGCGGGACCCCUCACAAAUCUCCUGCGCAAGGAUCAUCCGUUGAUUUGGACACCGGAGUGCGAUCAAGCGUUUUCCAAACUCAAGGCUGCUCUCAUUUCGGCUCCGGUCCUUAUAAUACCGGAUCCCGAAAAACCUUUUGUUCUCAUCACCGACAGGCAACCAGAGGCGAUCUCGGCGAUCCUUGCCCAGGUGGGACCAAGCGGACUCGAGAAUGUGGUGGAGUAUGCGUCCAAAUCAGUACCCGCCUGCAAACAAAACUACGCUGCUCCGACGGGAUCAUGCUAUGCGGCUCUCUGGGGAAUCAGUCACUUUCGUGCUUACCUGUAUGGGCGAAAGUUCACCCUGGUGACUGAUCAUGAGCCCCUGUUGGCUCUGAAGAAGUCGAAGGACUACUCGGGCAUGAUUGGGCGAUGGGCAACGGUAUUGCAGAGCAUGGACUUUGACAUCCAUCAUCGGAAGCACGAGAGACACGGGAAUGCGGACGGAUUGACACGAUUGCACCGGCCUGAGAAAGUUCCGAGGAAUGAGGAGGUGAUUCCGUGGAACGAGCCCGAGCAGAAGAUUGGACCUCGGUACGGCCAAGUGGAGAUUUUGUCGAAGCAAACGAGCCACGUCACCACAGUGGCGGGAUUCACCGGCGACAUCAGCUCGGUCAAUCCGCUGUGGCAUACCGCGAUCUUGGCUUCGCUGCGCGAGUGGACGGAGCAAGUCCCCAACUGGACCUCGUGCUUGGAGGAACCUAGGGACGAGGAUACACUACCAUCGCGACAGGAGUAUCUGAAGCCGUAUGAGAUCCCUUACGCCUUCUACCCGAGGGUAGAAGAAGUGGUGAUCGACGACGACGAUGAAGAAGAAGGCGACGACGAGGAAACAUCGGAGGAGGGAAGCUAUAGUGAACAUAGCGAGGGCGAGCUGAGUGAGGAGGAAGAGGAAGAAGAAGAAGCCGGAUCCGAGCGGGAAGCCCCGCCGGAGGAAGCGACGUGUACGGGAAUGGAGGCGGAAGAUCAGCAAGCGGAGCGAAAGCGCGAAGAAAUUGCCUCCGGAAAGCGCCAGCUGGAGUUCGCCAGCGAAGCUAGACUGCGCCUUGGUAACGAUCCGACCCGGGGUCCAGAGACGACGAAGCCCGAAGAUGGCGACCCUGCAGCCGCCACCUCAAGUACCGCGCGACGGAGACGGCGCCGAUCCCCCUCCUCCUCCAGCCCCACCCGUUCCCCAGUUCGCCCACGUACCGAUGCGGGCGAUAGGCCUCCGUCCUCGGACGCUGUCCCGCCGACCCCUUAUUUCCUCACCCUCGAGCAGAUCCGUACCCCCGUCACCUUCCCUCCCCAUCCUUUUCAUCCCCAUCUCUUCCGCGACUUCUACUCUACCCGUCUACUCGCUAUCGUCCACCCCCACGCCUCCCUUCGGUCUGCCGCUCCCACGUUCUGCUGGCAACUCCUGUUGUUCAGCGCCGCAUGGGACCGAUCCAAUGUGGUAGAGGUCUACUACGUUGCCACAGGGACCAUCCCCGCUUGUCGCCACUUCGAGAUCUUUCGAGCGGUGCUUUUCCGGACCCUCUCCUCCUUCUAUCGCAACUACCUCGCCUCCUUCCCCCGCAGUGGCGAUCAUUUCCCCCGCUUCCACUGAAUCAUCCGAUAUGAGGAGCUCCCGGUGACG